AUGUUGUCACUCUUGGCAAGGCUGAACUGGCCCUUCCUGGUGUUGUGGGCGGCCGUUGCUCUUUUUGGGGUCUGUAUCGACCGGUACAGGCGAAGCCUCAAAUUUGGGAAGCUCAGGGGCUGCCAAACCUCCCACAAGCAGGCCCUGGUCAAAGAUCCUUUCAUCGGGCUCGACUUCAUCCACGAGCGUGUCAUCCGCGGCCUGUCCGGACGAAGACUUCUCGAUUGCAUAGAAAAAUUCAACCAGUAUGGCUCGACGUACAGCGUGGAUCGCCUAACCUACCAGGUCGUCCAGACCUGCGACCCCAAGAACCUCAAACAGGUUCUAGCGACUGGAUUUGACGACUUUGAACUCCCGUCUUCUCGCGUAUCCGUCAUGGGAGAGCUUCUGGGGAGUGGUAUCUUCACCCUGGACGGAGACUCGUGGUCACAUGCCCGUUCGAUUCUGCGACCAUCCCUGAUGAAGCACAAGAUGGAUGGCCUUCCUUCUAUUAUUGAGCACCAUGUACAACAGUUUUUAACACACAUCCCACGACAUGGCGAGGAGGUGGAUCUCCAGCCGCUUUUCUUUGAACUCACCAUGGACAUCGCUACCGAGUUCCUCAUGGGCUACUCUAGCAAUAUGUUAGACCCCAGCCGCAAGCGUGAGAAGGAGCAGCAAUUCUUUGACGACUACAUGCUCUGCUCUGAAGAGGCCAUCAAAAAGAUGUCGUACGGGCCCUUGAGGUUCUUCCGGCUCAACCUGGCGGCAACCAGGGCGAAGAAACGCGUGUUCAAGUACAUGGACGAGUACAUCGAGGAGUGCUUCGAGAGGCAAGACGGCACUUUGCCAAGGACAGACGAGCAAAAUGCCUUCCAAGAGAUUGCCAGCGCUGUUACGGAUCGGCAGAGCCUGCGUGAUCAAUUACUGCAUUUCCUGUUGGCAAGCCGAGACACAACCGCCAGCCUGCUGAGCAAUUUGUUCUUUGUGCUUGCGAAGAACCCCGAGACCUAUGCCAGACUACGGUCAGAGGUGCUAUCCAAAGUCGCGUACGAGAACCCAACCUUCAGCGACCUGCGAGACAUCGAGUAUCUGCGCUGGUGCGUGAACGAAUCCCUUCGACUACAUCCCGUUAUCCCCUCGAACGGCCGGGAAGCCAUCCGCGACACGACCCUCCCCCGUGGUGGCGGCGCUGACGGCAAAUCACCCCUUUUCCUCCGUAAGGGCGCCGUGGUCCUGUACAAUGUCUUCUCCAUGCACCGCGACCCGGCCAUCUUCGGCGACAGGGUGGAGGAAUUCGUUCCCGAGCGAUGGAGCGGGCUUCGCCCAGGCUGGGGUUUCCUCCCCUUCAGUGGCGGCCCCCGAGUUUGCGUUGGCCAGCAAUUCGCUCUUGUCGAGACCUACUAUGUGGUCGCGCGGGUCGUGCAGACGUUUGAGCGCCUGGAGUCGAUGGAUCCUCGAGAGUGGAUGGAGCUGCCUGGCCUGGCGAUGACCUGUAGAAACGGCAACAAGGUCGGCCUCUACGAAGCUUAG